GAUUAACUUCCAAAAUGACGAGAAAGCUCGCCUACCCAUCGUCAUUGUGGACGACGAGGAGAAACGUAUACUUCGAAAGAUUGAUGCACAGUAAGUGGCUCCCCGCCUCUCCUAUUAUUUCAUCCACCAACUAAUUCCUUAGCUUGAUGCCGCUGAUGUUCAUGACCUACAUGCUCCAAUACCUCGAUAAGGUCACUUUGGGCUACACGGCUGUCAUGGGAAUCCAAACAGACACGCAUCUGUACGGGCAGCAAUACUCCUGGUGCAGCAGCGCCUUCUACUUCGGCUAUCUCGUAGCCAGCUUUCCCGGCUCUAUCGGCUUUGUCAAGUUCCCAAUCGGGAAAUACCUCUCCACCGCCGUCCUCUGCUGGUCCAUAGUGCUAAUGUGCCACGGUGCAGCUUCGAGCUUCACCUCGCUUUUUAUCCUUAGGACUCUGCUGGGCGUUUUCGAAAGCAUCAUCAGUCCUGGCUUUAGUUUGAUCACCGGCAUCUGGUACAAGCCGCCAGAACAUUCGUUGCGGCAUGGCAUCUGGUUCGCUGGCAAUGGACUGGCGAGCAUCUUUGGCGGGCUGCUGGCGUAUGCAGUUGGCAAGAUUGAUGAUAAGAUUGCUGCGUGGAGGUGGCUGUUCAUCAUAUUUGGUCUCAUUACCUUUGCCUGGUCGAUCACAUUGAUCCUCUUCCUGCCAGACAGCCCGACGACAGCGAGGUGGCUGACUCCCCAUGAACGGGAGAUUGCUCACAGCAGGCCUCAGAAGAAUAUUAAUAGCUUCAAGAGCACGCAUUGGAAGAGACACCAAGCCAUUGAAGCAUUGACAGAUCCUAAGACUUGGCUCCUGUUCUUCUACACAGCCUUCACGAGCUUGCCGAAUGGCGGUGUCACAAAUUUCACAUCAGUGAUUAUCAAAGGUCUUGGCCACGACCAAUUUCGCACCCUCCUCCUCGGCAUGCCUCAAGGCGGCUGCCAAGUUAUCUUCACUCUCACCGCCGCCUUGCUAGCAACGAAACUUAGAAAGUCCCGCUGCAUCAUCAUUGCCUGCCUCCUCUGUAUCGCCAUGCUUGGGUGGUGUCUCGUUGGCUACCUACCAGAAUCUCAAACCAGUGGUCGGCUUGGUGGCGUGUUUAUCUUCGCUGCUUAUGCUUCAGGCUUUCCUCUUAGUUUGAGCAUCAUUGCCAGUGAUGUCGCUGGGUAUACCAAGAAGACAGCUGUGAGUGCCGUUGUGUUUCUUGCGUACUGCGCUGGCAAUAUUUCAGGGCCGCAGGUCUUCUUUGCAAGAGAGGCACCGCACUAUCGCACUGGUUGUAGGGUGUGUAUCAUUUGUUUGUGUCUCGGGAUCUUGGAUAUCUUACUAUUAAGACAGUAUAUGGACUGGGAGAACAAGAGAAGAGAUCGAGUUCAAGGCGUAGUUAUCGAGGCCGAGCCGGGAAAGCUGGUUGAGAUUGAUGGUGGAAACGGCGUGGUUGAACUGCCCUCUGCAGGCGUGGAUGAGACGGACUUGGAGCAGGAGAACUUCCGCUAUAUCUUGUGAAUAGUCGCGCAUGGAGGCUUCUUUCUCUGUCUUCCUUCAAUUGCCUUGGGCUAUUGGUUGAGCAGCUGUAUUUUGGAGGUUCCUGUUCGCUUCGAAACGCGUACGACUUUCCAUGUAUCUGCGAUGGGGA